AGCCCAAGGACUUGUAAAACCCUUGGAAACCCUCCUGCUGCACUCUUCGGGCCGAGCUGCUUCUUCGAAGAGAGAUGUCUGUCUAUUUCACCUCGGUUUACUUCUCGCACCGAAGCCUAAUGUCCUUGAGGGAGCAGCAAACAAAAUGGAGUCGCAAGUCAGCCCGUAAUCUUUCUUCUUGCCGAAGUUUUUGCGUUAGAGCAGGACCUAAGAGGAUACUUUUUGAUAACGAUAGCAGAAGAGCAUUGCAGGCCGGGAUUGAUAAGCUCGCAGAUGCCGUCUCUGUUACUUUGGGACCCAAAGAUCAGUAAACUUUAUCAGUCCUUAUAAGCAGGCCGGAAUGUGGUUCUUGAUGAAAAGGAUAUACCUAAAGUUAUUAAUGAUGGGGUCACCAUUGCCAGGGCUAUUGAACUCUCUGAUGCUUUUGAAAAUACUGGUGCAAUGCUAAUCCAAGAGGUCGCAUGCAAGACUAAUGAUUCUGCUGGUGAUGGAACCACCACUGCAAUUAUUUUAGCUCGAGAAAUUAUCAAAUUAGGGUUAUUAGCAAUUUCCUGUGGUUCUAACCCAGUGUCCUUGAAAAAAGGGAUUGAUAAAGCUGUCAGUGAAGUGGUUCAAAUAUUGAGGAGUAAGUCCAUUCCUAUUAGGGGUAAGGAGGAUGUAAAAGCUGUUGCGUCUAUCUCUGCUGGUAAUGAUGAGUUCAUUGGUAACCUGAUUGCAGAGGCUAUUGAACGGAUUGGGCAUGAUGGUGUUAUUUCAAUUGAAUCAUCUUCAUGCCUUGAUACUUUUAUUGAAAUUCAAGAUGGAAUGAAGGUAGACAAGGGGUUUUUGUCUCCACACUUUAUUACGAACCAAGAUAAAUCACUUGUGGAACUUCAGAAUGCUAAAAUUCUUGUAACUGAUCAGAAAGUUACAAAUGUCAAGGAUAUUAUCCCUUUGUUAGAAAAAGCCACUCAGUUAAGUGUUCCGUUGUUAAUAAUUGCUGAGGACAUCUCAAGUGAAGUUUUGGCUACUUUGGUUCUUAAUAAGAUGAGGGGAAUAAUCAAUGUUGCUGCUAUCAAGUGUCCUGGAUUUGGUGAUGGAAAGAAAGCUAUUCUACAAGACAUUGCACUUAUGACAGGUGCUGAUUUUCUUGCCCGUGAUUUGGGAUUGGUGCUUGAGCGUGUCACUUCAGACCAGCUUGGCAUUGCACAAAAGGUGAUAAUAACAGCAAAUUCAACAACUAUUGUUGCUGACCCAAUAAUGAGGGAUGAGAUUCAAGCAAGAAUAUCUCAAAUAAAGAAAGAUUUGGCUGACACGGAUAAUUCUUAUCAAGCAAAGAAGCUUUCUGAAAGGAUUGCAAAACUCUCUAAAGGUUUAGCUAUCAUCAAGGUAGGAGCCGCCACAGAGGUAGAACUUGAAGACAGGAAGCUAAGAAUUGAGGAUGCCAAGGGCUCUAUUUUUGCUGCCAUUGAUGAAGGUAUAACACCUGGGGGUGGGGCAACUUAUGUGCAGUUAUCAAAGCACAUUUCCAGUAUCAUCGACCUUAUUCAAGAUCCAGAUGAAAAGAUUGGAGCCAAUAUAGUUGGAAAGGCACUUCUUGUACCAGCAUCAGCUAUUGCUAACAAUGCAGGAGUUGACGGUUCUGUUGUGGUAGAGAAGCUUCUUGCCAGUGAUUGGAGAAUAGGUUACAAUGCAAUGACCAAUAACUUCGAAGAUUUUUUUGAUUCUGGUGUUAUAGAUCCCUGUAGAGUUGCAAGAUGUGCUCUUCAAAAUGCAGCCUCCAUUGCUGGAGUUCUUCUCACAACCCAAGCUGUAGUGGUUGAGAAAAUAAGGAAGCCCAAGCCUGCCGUUCCUCUUCUUCCUGGUAUUUCACCUUAACUUUUAUGUAAGGAUAUCUGAAUUUGAAACAUGGCAAAAAUUUGUCAAAAUAUGGCUUCUAGAAAAGCUAUUGGAACAAAGUUCCACAUGAAUAUAUGGGGGCCAAGUGCUCUAACCGAAAAGUAGCAUUCACCUGGAAUUGAAGUGACUUGCAUAUCUCCGGAUUCAGAUUCAAAUUAGUAACGGUUAGUAUUUAGACCAUUUAUCUUUGCAUGAGAAACAGUUGUCUUUCUUAACAGCCUGUAUCUUCAUUAUUGUAGCUUCAGUAUUUUUAUUUGUUCUUCAAUCUGUCCUUUUUUUCUCAAUUUUGUUACAUUUAGUAUAGCAAUUACUCUAGAUUUGUAGAGAAUGAUUUUGUUUAUAAUCUGAAUGGAUAUAAAUCCAAACUGAGUUUUGUUUGA